AUGAAAAGACGAGUCCACGUUCACCUCGCCGGCGCUGCGGCGUUCCUCCUGCUGGCGGCCACCACCAUCCUGGGGACGACGGAUGCCGUCGUGACCACGGAGGCCAAUGCCCUACUGGCAUGGAAGGUCAGCCUCGUCAACGGAACAGCGCUCUCCAACUGGACCAGGGCCGCGCCCGUCUGUUCUUGGUACGGCGUGUUCUGCGAUGAUGCCGGUCAUGUCACGGAGCUACAGCUCUCCGGAGGACUCGGUCUCUCCGGCGGGCUCGACGCGCUCGACACCAUAGCGCUCCCAGCGCUCACCGUUCUGGACCUCAGCGGCAACAACCUUAGGGGUAUCAUCCCAGCCAGCAUCUCGCGGCUGCGCUUGCUCGAAACACUCCACCUCGGCAACAACAACCUUGGGGGCACCAUCCCAGCCAGCAUCUCGGGGCUGCGCUCCCUCCAAUCCCUCGGCCUCAGCAUCAACAACCUUAGGGGCGCCAUCCCAGCCAGCAUCUCGCAGCUCAACAACCUUGGGGGUGCCAUCCCAGCCAGCAUCUCGCGGCUGCGCUCCCUCCUAUCCCUCAACCUCAGCAGCAACAUGCUCAAUGGCUCGAUUCCACCCCAGUUCUGCAGGUUAGUCUCCAUCCAGGGACUGCUCCUAUCGAACAACCGGCUCAGUGGGGAGCUCCCGGCCUGUUGGUGCAAUCUCCGAAGGCUGUGGACGAUGGACUUGUCCAGGAACUUGCUCACUGGGCAGUUCUUGGGCUGCAUGUGGAACAUGCGUGGUCUGGAGAUGAUUGACAUGUCCAGCAACUCCUUCUCAGGUGAAAUCCCCGUGGCUAAGGCAAACCCCAACUGCUAUCUCACGUACGUAGAUCUCUCCAAAAAUUCCUUUGCUGGAAACAUCCCACACCUAGAGGGUUGUGGCUCGAUGAUGUUUCUGGACCUCAACAGCAAUAGGUUCAACGGCUCCAUUCCGGCACAGCUCGGUGACUUGAGCAGCCUCACUAGCCUCUCGCUCUAUAAUAACGAGCUCGUUGGCAACAUCCUGCACCAGCUAUGCAUGUUACACCAGAUUAGAGCGCUAGAUUUGUCAAACAACCGGCUCACCGGAGACCUCUCAGUCUGCUGGUGCAACUUCCAACUUCUGGGGUUGAUUGACCUGUCCAAAAACCUACUCACUGGGAAGCUCCCAAACUGCUGGUGGAACAUGCAGGCACUGCAAUUCAUGGACCUGUCAAACAACUCCUUCUCAGGUGAAAUCCCUAGGGCUAAGGCAGGCAACAAUUGCUCUCUCGAGUCAUUGUAUCUUGCCAAAAAUGAUUUCUCGGGUGUCCUCCCAGAGGUCCUAAGGGGCUGCAACUCGUUGGUCACCCUGGACAUGGGGAGCAAUAGGUUCUUUGGUGCUCUCCCUCCAUGGAUACCGAGUUCGGUUCCAUCACUAAGAAUCCUUAGCCUCAGCUCAAACAACUUCACAGGAGAAAUUCCUUUGGAGCUAUCAUGGCUUUCGCAACUUCAGCUGCUCGACAUGGCAAACAACAGCUUCACUGGAUCAAUACCGAUAGCCUUCAGUAACUUGACCACCAUGAGGAAUCCAACAAAUAUUAUGACUCCAAGACCGCUCGAUGGAUCAAAAUAUCAGGAUAGGGUCGAUGUAAUGUGGAAGGGCCAAGAGCUCAGAUUCCAAAGAACACUCAUGUUAUUAACCGGUAUCGAUUUGUCAGGCAAUCUGUUGUCCCGAUGCAUCCCUGAAGAGCUAACCGAACUUCAGGGACUCCGGUUUUUGAACCUGUCAAGAAACCAUCUAUCAUGCAACAUUCCUGAAGACAUUGGUAGUCUGAAUUUUCUCGAGUCCCUAGAUCUAUCAUCCAAUGCACUUACAGGAUCCAUUCCUUCAAGCAUCUCGAGCUUAUUGACACUCAGCAUGUUGAAUGUCUCGAACAAUCUUUUGUCAGGCAAGAUACCCGUUGGGUGUCAGAUCCAGACCUUCACAGACCCAUUGAUUUACUCCAACAAUUCAGGGCUAUGUGGAUUUCCGUUAGAAGUUUUGUGUGCAAAUACUUCGCUUGCACCAGAUGAGAGAAAUAAUGAAGAAGUGGACCACUGGAUGUACUACUUUGUGAUUGCUGGGAUUGUGUCUGGUUUCUGGUUGUGGUUUGGGGUGCUCUUUACAGUCAAGACCUGGAGAUGUGGUUUUCUCUCGUUUGUCGAUGGCAUGCAAUGUAAGUUUACAAAGCAGGUGCCAAAAUAG